CCAAAACUGAAAACAUCUCUCCAUCUUCUUACACGUAGCAAUGUACGUGCCCUACUGUCAUUCCAACACCGUUUCUUCUUUUGCAUAAAACCCACUACCCAUUCCCAUUACGUCCCAAUAGACUACCCAUUUUAGCAGCAUCAAAACCAAAUAACCAAAAACCUCCAAACCCAAUUUCAUCAACCUUCGACAAAAAAUUCUAAAAGCACCACAAUGAACAGCUUCACCAGCUUUUACGAGACGUGGUUUGAGCAGCUCCACCACCUAGUCUACCAGCUCUCCACUUGUCCCAUACCUCCCACCAACCCCGACCAACACCACCACCUCCUCCACGUUGUCCAGAAAGUCAUGGCCCACUAUGCCGAGUACUACCGUGUCAAGUCUCUUGCCACGGAGCGCGACACCCUCUCCGUCUUUGUUGCUCCCUGGGCCACCACCCUCGAGCGCUCCCUCUACUGGAUUGGCGGCUGGCGCCCCACAACUGCCUUCCACCUCAUCUACUCCGAGUCCUCCAUCCACUUUGAGGCUCACAUCUUCGACAUCCUCCAGGGCAACGGCACCGGUGACCUCGGGGACCUCACCCCCUACCAGUUCGGCCGCGUCAGCGAACUCCAAUGCGAAACUGUGAAAGAGGGGAAUGCGAUAUCGGAGCAGUUAUCAGAGUGGCAAGCCGGGGCGUUUGAGAUGAUAGGCGCAUGCACGAAUCUGGAUAUGAAUAUGGGAUCGUUGGUGAGUGUGUUGAAGACGGCGGAUGAUCUGCGGCUGAGGAAGGUGAGAAAAGUUGUGAAACUGCUGACUCCACAGCAGGCUGUGGAGUUCUUGAUUGCAGCUGCCGAGUUGCAGUUUGGGGUCCGUGGUUGGGGGAUGAAUCAGGACCGUCGGCAUGGGAAUGUCUGA